AUGUCAAAUCACUGUAUAGCAUGGAAUAGACAAGAAUCGUAUUAUAAUUCAAUGUGUUUGAUUCUUUUAACUCCAACAUUUUCAUGUCAUGUUUUAUUCUGGAUUCAAGUUUGUGCAUAUAAAUCUCUUCGUCAUCCUUCGUUAUUAUGGCUUUAUAAUUAUCUUAUACUUGAUAUGGUUUCACUUUCGCAAAUUUUCUUAGAAUAUUUCACACGUCAUUAUAAGAUUUGUGGACUAAAUCCUGUUAUAUACGAUUUCUUAUGUGUAUUAGAAGCAUAUGCAAAUAAUUAUACAACAAUGGUACAAUCAUUUGCUCUUACUCUAACAAAUAUUUACAGGUUAUAUGUUAUUCAUAACAAUCGUGGGUGCUUAUAUUGUGGAAAAUCAGAAGUUUACUUAUAA